UUAAGAGCUCGGUGUUACCGGAAGUCGGAGGGGCGGGUCCUGCCGGGCCAGCCACACAACGGAACCCGUCGCGGGACCGAGCGACUAACCCUCGCUCUCCGCCGCCGCCUCAACCGGAGCGGCCUUCUGUCAUGAUCCGCUGGCGCGCGCGUGGGACAUGGCGUCUCUAGCGGGCCCGACUUACGACGUCGCCGCCGCCGCCGCCGAACUGGACGCCUCCCUGCGCCAGAUGCUCAAGGCCAUCGCAGACGAACGGAACCGACUCAACAUCCGCCAGGAGAUCAGCGGCCUCGGUUGCCUGAAGGACGACCGCAUCGUCUUCUGGACAUGGAUGUUCUCCACCUACUUCAUGGAGAAGUGCGCCCCACGCCAGGACGACAUGCUCUUCUACGUGCGCAGAAAGCCGGCGGCGUACGCGGGCGCCGACGACGACGCCGACGGCAAGAAGGUGGAGGUGGAAGUUUACAGGAGAGACUCCAAGAAGCUUCCGGGCCUCGGGGACCCAGACAUCGACUGGGAGGAGAGCGUCUACCUCAACCUGGUCCUGCAGAAGCUGGACUACGUGGUGACGUGCGCCGUGUGCACGCGCUCGGACGCCGGCGACAUUCACGUCCACAAGAAGAAAUGUCAGGAAGUCUUUGCGUCUCCCAGCAAGAACGCCAUGGACAGCAAAGGGGAGGAAUCCAAAAUGAGCUACCCCAACAUCUUCUUCAUGAUCGACAACUUUGACGAGGUCUUCCGGGACAUGACGGUGGGCGAAGGCGAGAUGGUGUGCGUGGAACUGGUGGCCAGCGACAAGUGCAACACCUUCCAGGGCGUCAUCUUCCAGGGUUCCAUUCGCUACGAGGCGCUCAGGAAGGUCUACGACAACCGGGUGAGCGUGGCGGCCAAGAUGGCGCAGCGGAUGUCCUUCGGCUUCUACAAGUUCAACAACAUGGAGUUCGUGCGCAUGAAAGGGCCGCAGGGCAAAGGUCACGCCGAGAUGGCCGUCAGCCGGGCGCCCGACGGGGCCGACGCCGAAUACGAGCGGCCCGCCGAGACGGUGACGUCGUUCAGCACGCCGCCGACCCCAGAGAGGAACCGCCCGUCCUUCUUCUCGCCCUCGCUGCGUCGCAAGGUCCCUCGGCACAAGAUGGCCGAGAUGAAAAAGUCGCACUCGGCCAACGACAGCGAGGAGUUCUUCCGCGAGGACGACGACGAAGAGGUCCGCGGCGCCGCCAACCUUCGCUCGCGCUCUCUGUCGGGAACCGGUCGCUCGCUGGUGGGAUCGUGGCUGAAGUUGAACCGGGCGGACGACGACUUCCCGCUCUUCUCGCACCUGACGUACGUCACGCUGCCGCUGCACCGCAUCACCGCCGACAUCUUGGAGGUGCGUCAAAAGCCCAUCUUGAUGACGUGA